AUGAACACUGAAGAACAGUAUUAUGCAUCGACCCAGCUCUACAAGGAUUCGUGUGCGUUUCAGAGAUCGCAGGCACCGGACUACAACCAGAACCCCCCCGCCUGCCUGUACAUGGGCAGGCAGCAGCAGACACCCUAUUCCAGCGCUUUAGGUGCGCUGGAGCAAGGCAGCCCGCCAGACAUUUCACCCUACGAGGUACCCCCCAUUACAGAGGAUCCAGGGGUCUCCCAUCUUCAUCACCAUCACCACCCUCAUCACCCUCAGCUUCCUCAUCCCCCCCAGGAAGCUAUUCCUUUUGCAGAUGGGACUGACACGGGGGUUUUAGAGGAACCUAGAGUCCAAUUGCCUUUCCCAUGGAUGAAAUCCACCAAAUCUCACGCCUGGAGGGGACAAUGGACCGGUGGGUCGUACGUGGUAGAGCAAGAGGAGAACAAGAGGACGAGAACCGCCUACACGAGAGCGCAGCUCCUGGAGUUAGAGAAGGAGUUCCUCUUUAACAAGUACAUCUCCAGGCCCCGCCGCGUGGAGCUGGCGGUCAUGCUGAACUUGACAGAGAGACACAUAAAGAUCUGGUUCCAGAACCGGAGGAUGAAGUGGAAGAAGGAAGAGGAUAAAAAGCGGGGAGCGGGGGGCGGCGGAGGAAACAGCAAUGACCCUGACCAAGACUGUGUGGUGUCCUCUGGGGACCUGCCGGGGAAAGAGGAGCUCCAGCAAUGCCACGCGGGGAACCUGGCCUCGGCCGCCUCCAGAGAGCUGCUCCCCUCCCGCUUGGCUGCCUCCCCGCAGCCCUCUAGCACCGCCCCGAGAAGGCAGCAGGACGCUCGGUGA